AUGGAUGACAUCGCGGUGGUGGGGAUUGGCUGCAAUUUCCCUGGGGGCGAGGGACUUGACAACUUUUGGAAAGUUCUUGUUGAAGGGAAGAAUUGUGCUGUGGAAAUUCCAAGUGAGAGAUUUGACUGCUCCCACUGGUAUGACUCUGAUGACAACAAGAUUGGGAAAGUACGGACUUCCAAAGCAGCACUGAUAGACAAAUUAAAUGAGUUUGACCACAGAUUUUUUGGCAUCACGGAUGCAGAAGCCACUGACAUGGAUCCUCAGCAGAAGCUGCUGCUACAGUGUUCCUACAGGGCACUAGAGGAUGCUGGGAUACCCAUGGAGAAGGCUGGCGGCACUAGGACAGGUGUUUUCAUUGGGCUUAUGAAUCGUGACCACGAGAUGAGUGGAGGUGCCAUGAAUCCAAAUCGGGUUGACCACUGGACCGGCACAGGCGUGGCCAUGAGCAUUGCGGCCAAUCGGAUCUCCUACAUCUUCAACUUCACCGGACCCUCCAUGACGGUCGACAGCGCAUGCUCUUCUUCGCUUUUAGCCACUCACCUGGCUUGUCAAGCUAUUAUGCAAGGUGACUGUGAAAUGGCACUCUGUGGAGGAGUUUCAGCGCUCUUUGAGCCCAUAGUCUUUGUGGCUCUCAGCAAAGCCAAGAUGAUCUCACCAGAAGGCACAAGUAAACCCUUCUCCAGUAGAGCCGAUGGAUAUGGCAGAGGAGAAGGCUGUGGAGUUUUACUGCUGAAACCACUCAAAAAAGCUCUCAGAGACUUUGACCACAUUUGGGGUGUCAUCAGCAAAACAGCUGUGAACCAAGAUGGCCACUCUGUCUCGCCGAUGACCAAGCCAUCCAUGAUUCAGCAAGAGGAACUGCUCUCCAGAGUCUACUCUACGAAAAGUGAUCUGGCCAGUGUCCAGUACAUAGAGGCUCAUGGGACUGGAACACCAGUAGGUGACCCAGUAGAGGCAGGGAGUAUCUCUAACGUCAUUGCCAAAAGUAGACAAAUAGAGUCAGGGCCUCUGAUUAUCGGUUCCGUUAAGAGUAACAUAGGACACACUGAAUCAGCAGCAGGGGUAGCAGGUUUGAUAAAGGUGCUGCUAAUGAUGAAACACGAGACUAUUGUUCCUUCAGUGUUUUAUGAUGAAAAGAGUUCAAGUAUAGAUGCAAAGUCCUUGAAUCUUAAGAUACCCACAAAGGUAGAGGCAUGGAAAGACACAGGCAAAGUUGGGAGAGUUGCAGGGAUAAAUAAUUUUGGUUUUGGGGGAACAAAUGCACAUGCUGUUGUUAAACAGUACAAAAGAGUCUGCAGUCCAAAGUCAGAGAACCUGAGACAAAGACAUGAGUAUUUUGUUUUGUCUGCAGCCUCUGAAAAAUCUCUCACUAUGAUGAUGGAGGACAUGGUUGAGCAGAUUAACAUGGGCAGCACAGAUGACUUAACAAUGCUUGCAUAUACAUCAGCAUGCAGAAGAACUCAUCUGAAAAACAGAUACAGGGCCCAAUUCCGAGUGUCCACUCUGACUGACCUUAAAAAACAGCUUAAAUCAUCUCUCGGCACAAAUCUAGUUGCAUCUGCUGCAAACCCUAGAUUAGUGUUUGUUUUCUGUGGGAACGGUGUGACCUACAAAGGCAUGUGUAGGCAGCUCCUCAAACAAGAACCCGUGUUCAGGGAAAAGGUGCAAGAAAUUGAAACCAUUUACCAAAGGUACAAACCAUUCAGAAUGAUAGAAGCUCUGGAAAAUGACACUGAAAACGGUGUGGACUUUUCUAGACCUGACUUUAUUCAGCCCCUCCUCUUCGCCAUUCAAGUUGCCAUUUAUGCCCUCUUGAGCGACUCUGGAGUCAAAGCAGAUGCCAUUCUUGGGCAUUCUGUGGGGGAGGUAGCUGCAGCCCAUUGCUCUGGGCUGUUGUCCCUAGAGGACGCGGUGAAGGUCAUCCAUUACCGCAGUACUUUACAGACCAAGGUCACAGGUGGAAAAAUGCUGGUUGUCAGUAACAUGGCAGUGUCAGAGGUCUUGAAAAUCAUCCAGCCAUACUCAGGAAAAGUUUGCUUGGCUGCACACAACAGCUCUCAGUCUUGCACAGUGUCGGGUGAGGCAGAUGCUAUUUCCAGUCUGUAUCAAGCAUUAAGUAAUAGGCAGAAUGGCAACAAUCUGUUUCUUCAUGUUCUGGAUGUUGCAGCAGCCUAUCACAGUCACAAAAUGGAUCCCAUCUUGUCUGAGAUAGAGCAAUACAUAGGAGAUUUGACAGAAAAUGAGACCGUUGCUGAACUAUACUCUACCGUCUCUGGUAAUAUACGCUCAGCUAAUGAUUUUUACAGUGGUGCGUACUGGUCUAGAAACAUCCGAAACCCAGUAUUAUUUGAGAAAACGCUAAGGUCUGCAGCUAAGGACAAGAAUGUGGUCUUUGUAGAGAUAGGUCCCAGGCGAGCCUUACAGCGUAACAUUAUUGAGACUCUUGGCAGUUCCACUGUAGUGCUGUCAUCUGUGCUUCCAAACAAAGACUGUGAGACAGCACUGUCUGUUGUGGGAAAACUGUUUGAACUGGGUGUUCACAUAGACUGGGCGGAAUACUAUAAAGGUUGCGAGGGUCCACCCUGUCCUCUUCCAAGGUAUCAUUUUGAGGAUGAGAAAAAGCCAUUGCCAUCGGCAUACAGCAAACGUCAAACUGAGUCCCGUCAUCCAGUUCUGAGUCCGUCGAGUGGAGACGGCUCUGACUUCAGCUGUGAUCUGUCUUCCGCUGCUGUAUCUUACCUGCAGCAUCAUAAGAAUAACAAUGUAGCGAUCGUCCCAGGAGCUUUCCAUGUGGACCUUGGUUUGUCAUCGUUCUUGGCACAUACAAACCCCAAAGUCCCUCUUAAUACCCUGCAGCUCAGCAUUCGUUUUGAAAGUCCAUUUCUAUUGACAAAAAACCCACCAGAGAUGAAAAUCAAACUGGAUCCAGGUGAACAGGAAACUAAAUUCCGGACUUGCUCCAAGACAAUAACAUAUGCUUCAGGAAUCAUAGAAUGCAAUGAGGGUAGGUUGGCUGUGGAACCUAGGAUAUCUGUUCAAGAUCUCUACAAGAGAUGCAAUUCCACCUUCAGCUCUGACGACUACUACAAAUCCUCAGGUCUAAAAGGGUUCCAAUACACCUCAGUUUUCAAAAACAGAGGUGAUAUUAAUUACGGGGAGGAAUACAGAGAGGCGUUGGCAUCUGUCACAGUUCCUGAGGAGUUGUUGCCUCAGUUGCAUGACUACUGCAUCCACCCAGUGAUUCUCGAUUAUGCCCUUCAGCUUGCACCAGUCACUGUUGCAAGGGGAUUUGCUAGGCUAACUACCAGGCCAGGAUUCCCUGCUUCAAUUGGUGGAUUGACAGUAUUCGAGCCUUUGCAAAAGAAUAUGAUUAUUUAUUUGAAGGCUGUUGUUGUCGGAGAUAAUCACAUUGACCUUUGUGGGUGUUUUGCCAGCUUAGAUGGUAAGAUUUUGGUUGAGAUUGAGCACAUGGUCAUGAAGUACCUUGGCAGCAAUUCUCAGAUUGUAGAAGAGCUGUUUUAUCACAGUGAGUUUACUGUGACCUCAGAAAUACCUAAACCCCUUCAAAUUGGCAAAGUCUUAAUCUUUGCAGAUACUUUAGGAAUAACCCGCGCUUUACAAAAACACCUUAGUCCUGGUUCAGUGUCCAUUCCAUACGAAUAUGCCAAUGAUCUCCUCAGAUUUGGACUAAAAGGAAUUCUCUCCAAAUUUGGCAUAUCAGAUAUCAGGAAAGAAUUUCAGGAAAUACUGUUUAUCUGGAGUGAUUUGGACCUGACAUCAGCCAAUGUUGAUGAUACAUUAGAACAUUUGGUUGUGUGCUGUGAGUUGUUUCGUCAUAUCGUUUUAGAGCUGAAGGCAAUAAAUUACUCACAUUCUUUCAGAACAGUGACUUAUCAGUCUGCAGAAGGCACAGUUAACCAUGUCAGCCCUGGGUUUGUGUUGACAGGCAUGUCACGUGCCUGUGCUGCAGAAGCAACGGACAUUAGAUUCCAGCUGGUAGACCUCGGCUCUGUCUCAGCUGAGGACAUCCAAGCCCUUGCACAGAUCCUGACGUCCUACCCCUGUGUUAAAUAUGCAGAGUUGGUGGUUAAGGAUGGUAAAAUUCUUCAUCCACAAAUUUUGCACAGUUCGCCUCUGUCCAGAGGGGUUAUUGAUGGAUGUGAGAACAACGUUAAGGCAGUAGAGGUUGAUCUGCAGUCCACUCACCCUUACAAAAUGUCGGGUUUGACAGCACUCAGCAGUGAUCGAAAGACUAACGAAAUGCACACAAAAGGUGUGAAGGUUAAACUGAGUAAGAUAUGUGUGCAUACCUCAGACUACUUCCCUGUAAGUGUCUCCCAAUUGAAACACGGUGACACUGUCUACUGGUGCACACAAGCACAGCAGAGUCACAACCUUCUGGCUCUGGAUUUCAGUGGCAAGGUCACAGAUGUAGGAAAGCAUGUAAGUAAAUUAAAAGUGGGAGAUCACGUUUCUGUGUGCUACCCUAUAUCUGCUUCCUUAGAAGUUGUAGUUCCUGAGGGGAGUUGCUACAGAACUAAGAAAGUUCAUAUUUUGAGAGAAGUCCCCUCUGUGUCCUACUUUGUUGUGGCGUGGGCAAUUGUGCAUCAUGCUUUACCAAGAGUGAAGCAGUCGAAAAAAAUGGCUGUCUUCUCCUCCUCUCCAGAUUCUUGUUUGAGGAAGGUCUUAACUUUGACCGCAAAACAAUCUGGAUGGCAUUCGGUUACCCACAAGAAAUUAGGAGGUAACAAUCCAAAUGUCAGCAACUUCGAUGCUGUGGUAAUUUUGCCACCUUUUGAUAAGGUGCUUCUUGAAGAACUUUGUCAAAACUCUUCUGUGAAAUACAUUGUUGCAGUUUCUGAAAAAGAACUACCCCCUCACGCAUCAAGAAACGUGCUGACAAGGGAGAAAGAUUCCUUUCACCUUCAGACACUUCUGAUGCCCAGCAUUCUGGAGCAAGGUUUUCUCAAAACGAACUCGCGUAGCAUUUACAAAUGGCUAAAGUCAAUGAACAUGGCUUUGCAGUCACUGAAUCUGUCAGCAGUGACUUUUCAAGCACAGUCACCUGGGAAAUUGGACAUCCAGGCCUCUGAACAUGUGCAGUCAUACUUGACCUGUGAAACUGUGUCUGUAAUUGCCCUCCAGAGUGAUAGUACAAGGAUCACACCAUCUGAUAUUACCCAGAUUCCAAAGGUGCAUCAGUUCUUCCAGAAGAACUGUGUGUACAUUGUUGUGGGUGGACUUACAGGAUUGGGGUAUGAGACCGUGAAAUUCAUUGCUUUGAGAGGGGGAGGGCCUGUUGUCAUUCUUUCUCGGAGAAGUCCCACUCCUGACAUGCAACAGAGCAUUGAUGCUUUGAAACAGCAAGCGGAUGCAGUAAUUGUCACUGUGCAGUGUGAUGUGGCAGUGACUACCAGCGUACAAAAUGCAGUCAAAUCGAUUGAGCACCAGUUUCCAUCCUGUCCCAUCAAAGGAGUUUUCCACAGUGCUGUGGUGCUUGAUGAUGGCCUUAUUGAGACACUUAGCAAAUCCCGUUAUGAGAAAGUCUUGAAACCCAAGGUCAAUGGAGUGCUGAAUCUGCACCAUGCUACCAAACACUGCAAACUAGACUACUUUACUUGCUACUCCUCUGUCUCUGCUUUCUUUGGGAAUGCUUCUCAGACAAACUAUGCAGCUGCCAACUCGUUCCUAGACAUAUUCUGUCAUUACAGACGGAAUCUUGGACUUGCUGCGCAGUCCAUUAACUAUGGGGCACUCAACCUCGGUCUUCUUGAAAACAAAGACCAUUUUCAAAGGUUUCUGGAAUCAAAAGGAAUGGCCAUUAUGAAUCUAGAGGAAAUUCAUGGCAGCCUUGAAGAAAGCUUUCUGUUGAACAAACCUCAACAAGUUGUCUGCAAGUUCAAUUACAAGAACAUGUAUCAAAAUGUCGUCUCUCGCAAUUCAUCUCUCACCCAGCGCAUCUCCUCACUGAUAGAAGAAGGCCUAAGAAAGGCCAACCUUUUAUCCCUACCUACUGAGCCAACUGUUGCUCCAUCUUCACCAGAUGAGUACAUAAAAUCAGUACUCAGUGAAACAAUCAAUGUACACCUCAAUGAGCUGAGUGAUGAUAGUCUUCUUGCAGCCCUGGGCAUUGACUCCAUGUUGGCUAUGACACUGCAGAACCUUAUUUACCAAGGUAGUGGUGUGACCGUUCCACUUGUAAAACUUCUAGAUCCGAACAGCACAGUAGCUACAUUAGUGGGGUUUCUAGAUCAGGAUGACAAAACUGGUAGUGGAAGCACUGAUGAAGUCUCAACCGCACUCUAAAUACACAAGUCAACCUGGAAGGAUUUUUUAUUUUUUUAACAA